ACUAAAGAAGGUCUCGGCACAUCCAAGGAAGACUCUCGGCCCCGAUAUCGGUACCGGGAAAAGCCCUCGUCCACCUUUCUCUCUCUCUCUCGCCUUCCAACUGGAAAUUCCCUUCUCUGGCCUCUCGCGUCCUCCUUACGAUAUGAUCCGCUUCAUAUUGCUGCAGAAUCGGCAGGGCAAGACGCGCCUGGCCAAGUACUACGUCCCCCUCGAGGAUUCUGAGAAGCACAAGGUUGAGUACGAGGUCCAUCGGCUUGUGGUUAACAGGGAUCCCAAGUUCACCAACUUUGUUGAGUUCCGGACACACAAGAUUAUUUACAGAAGAUAUGCAGGACUUUUCUUUUCAAUGUGUGUCGAUAUCACUGACAAUGAGUUAGCAUACUUGGAGUGCAUACAUUUAUUUGUGGAGAUACUGGAUCAUUUUUUCAGCAAUGUGUGUGAACUAGAUUUGGUAUUUAACUUCCACAAGGUAUAUCUCAUAUUGGAUGAGUUCAUUCUUGCUGGGGAGCUUCAAGAAACAAGCAAGAAGGCUAUUAUUGAGAGGAUGGGGGAGUUGGAAAAGCAAGAAUGAAAACAGGGUUAGGAGAAGACUGGAAAUUCAUUCUUGAAUUGUUACUGAUAUAUACUGUAUCCUGCAGUCCAGUUCUGGAGCUGGUCUGGCUAUUGCAUCUAAGAGAAUUGGAGGGAGAACAAAAAAGAGGUGUUACUUGUUUAACAGUUAUUGAUUAGUGUACCGUGUCAGUUGUGGGCCUGCAUGAUUCCUUCAUUAUGUAUACUAUCAUAUUUUUUGUCACUGUAUGUCAUGUUUCAUUUUAUGUACUAUCUCGAGAUGCAUAUGAAAUUGGAUUAGGCUUUGUGGCUGUUUAAUCUACUGAUCAGAUCUAUAUUGAGUUUAUGUGAUAAUGAGAUCGUGAAAAGAAUAUGACAGAGCUUAA